AUCGAGGCGGCAAAGCCCGCAGCUGUGCGGAGAUGUUGAACAUGUGGAAAGUCAGAGAGCUAGUGGACAAAGCCACCAAUGUGGUGAUGAACUACUCAGAAAUCGAGUCCAAGGUGAGAGAGGCCACCAAUGACGACCCCUGGGGACCCUCCGGACAACUAAUGGGAGAAAUAGCCAAAUCUACCUUCAUGUAUGAGCAGUUUCCAGAGGUGAUGAACAUGCUGUGGACCAGGAUGCUGAAGGACAACAAAAAGAACUGGAGACGAGUCUACAAGGCACCUGAGCUGGCCGUUGCCACUCUGGUCAGCAAUUUCUGGGAUCUCUUAUGA